AUGGAGAGGAAGAUGAUGGAUUCAGCUAGUGGAGUUGGAAGGUUUUACAAUCCACCACAAAGGAAGUAUGAUCCUUACUUAAAUACCUAUAAUCCAGGAUGGAGAGAUCAUCCUAACCUGAGCUAUGAACCAAGACCAUCGCAAUUCCAACGUUUUCCACCUGAGCAGUCUUCUUUAAAGCCAGCAAGAGACAAGAACAAGCAUACAAAAUUUAGAGAAUCAAAUGAGUCAAUUGACAUCCUCCGUGAGUCGGUUAGAAUCCCAAGAUUUGCUAAGUCCAAGAAAGAAGCAGAAGAUAAAGAAAUUCUUGAGACAUUUCGCAAGAUCAAGGUAAAUAUUCUUGAGACUUUUCCUGCUAGGUUCUUAAAGAAUUGUGCACCAACAAGAGAAAGCUCAAGGGUAAUGAAAAGGAUUGAGAGAGCAAUGUUAGAUCUAGGAGCCUCAAUAAAUAUCAUGCCUCUUUCUAUUUACUCAUCUCUGAACGUUGGUCCUUUGAAAGAAACAAGAGUGAUUAUUCAACUUGCUGAUAGAUCUAAUGUAUAUCCUGAGGGAGUUUUAGAGGAUGUUUUGGUGCUAGUUAAUUAA